AUUAAGGAGACGGAGUUGGAGGGGCAGGCGAGGAGGGAGAGGGAGAGUUGGGAUAGGUUUAGAAGGAAAAGGAAAGAAGAGGGGAUUCAGGGAGAUGGAAAUGAAGAGGAAAGGAAGAAAGAGAUAUUCAUCAAUGGAGAACGGUACGUGAAACAGGAACCGCGGGAUAUGUGCUCACCCAAAGAGUCAUCUAGGCCGCCUUCUGCCUGUAUUAUCACUGAGAAUACUGCUGGUGAUGAUCGAGGCCGGAUGUCGCAAAUACUCCGGCGGUUGGAAGACUUCAUGGAUAGCAUGCAGCUGGGGAGCAACCCUGCUACCGAUAACCAACGGUCUACGCAAAAGGUGAAGAACGCAGAGGAGGGCAUGGAGAUGAAGAGCGAGGUAGCACCAGCGCCCUUAUGGAAAUCAUUUUUGGGACUGAACCUUGGGAACAGUUUCAGUCCUCCAACUCCACCCCCUUCCAGCUCCUCUCGUUCAUCCAGAGGUUCGAAUCGCGGACGGACUUUACCGAAGAGAAGAUAUUCGAAGAAGAACACGGCCGAGCUCAUUGGAGAACUCAACGCAUGUCCAAGCCCCUCUCGUCAGGCGUACCUAGAGAGACGUUCUUGGAGGAACGAACGUCCUUCAGGGGUCGAAUAUGCCUCGCCUUCUGCUGUACCAGUCGCCGCCCGCCCCCAGGCUUCAUAUCCUCAAUCCUACCCCCCUCCUCCAACCGCCGUGACCGUUUCUGGGUCGGAUACUAGCAGUGACUAUCAGCAAGAGCCGAAAAACGAGGAUCCGACCCAUCGCGUAUAUCGAGUUCCCUCCUACCGCGUGCACCCAACUGCCGAUCCUUAUCUGCCACAGCAUGUCUCUGGUCCCACCGCCAACAUGCGUCGCCCUCGUCGCCGGGGUUUCAGUGACGAGCUACCAACGGCAACAUCGUCUCAUGGACAUCGUCGCCAUCCCUAG